AUGGGAUCACCAGCAAACUCCGUCUCGCGCCUCAUCCCACACCCAAACGGACAGACAACGCAUGUGAUUGUGGAUGAUUAUACUGAUCCUUGGGUGAUCCCAGAGACAAUCCUCAUACAAGGUGGCUUCGCGAGACAUUCUGCCUUCUGGUAUCACUGGAUUCCAUCGCUUGCUCGCCAAUAUCAAGUAAUCCGCCGGGAUACCAGAGGCCAUGGUAAAUCAUCCACACCAAAGCCAGGCGAUAACUAUGCGUAUACGCUCGAGACAAUCCUGUCCGAAAUAGUCGAUACCCUUGAUCAGCUGGGUGUUGAUAAAGUUCAUUUUCUCGGAGAGAGUACCUCGGGCAUGCUUGGGGAGGCAUUCGCAGCCCGAUUCCCAACUCGAUUGCACAGCUUGACUGUCUGCUCGAGCCCAACAUAUCUUCCGCAGGCAGCCCUUGAUCUCUUCUCCUUCGACCACUCUAGCUGGCCAGAUGCUUGUCGUGAGCUCAGCUCCAGGGGCUGGGGAGAGCAUCUCGCCCGUGUCCCAGGCACACUGUCGGCAUCAGACCCCAAGUACGAAGCAUGGUGGAUCUCGCAAAUCGGAGCGAGUUCCAGCGAGGGCCUUGCCGAGUAUGCUGAGUUUCUAUCGUCGUUAGACACGCGGCCGUUUCUGCCGCAUAUCUCAGUGCCAACCUUGAUCCUUGCACCGGCGAAGAGUGCUGCUACUGGGUUAGAGGAGCAGCUCCAAAUUGCAAGACAGGUGAGGGACUCCAGGCUGGUUAUUGUUAAUGGUUCUGGGCAUGAGAUUUACGCCGAUAAGCCUGAGGAUUGUUUGAAGGCUUUCACGGAGUUUCUUUGCGAACUCGACUCAUGA